AUGAAAGUUUAUACGUGGCGGCCGAGAGAUCCGCUGCAGACUGUUGGAUCGGAUUCUCAGCCAGCCGAGAAGCGUAAACGUACAGUAGAGGACUUCAAUCAGUUCUGUAACUUUGUUCUGACGUACACUGGCUACAUUCCACCCUGCAGAGAGGAAUGUGACUGGAUGCCAUCAAGUUCGAAUUCCCCAGUGCCGACAGAGAGUGUUUUGGACAGUGACAGCUGGGACUCCACCCAGUCUGUUGACUUUGACACCAUCCAGAAUUUUGUAAAGAAAGCAAGCAGCUCCAGGAGGAAUGGGUUUCAUCCACUGAGACCGGAUGGAGUGCUGCUGGACAGGCUGAAGCUCAAGGAUUCCCUGUACCCAGCCCCGGAGGAAAAGAAAGAGAAGAGGAAUAAGCACUGGACAUCUGAGGCAGAGCACCUGAGGGCCCUGGAUGGCGAGAAAUCCAGUUUCUCCCGGAUCAAGAGGAGGAAGAAGCGCAAGCUGAAGAAGGAGAGAGUGGAGAAAAAAGUCAAGGCCUCGCUGAGUGAGACAGACUCGGACGAAGAACUGGUGAAAGCGAACUUUCUCCCUGAGCCUCUGAGGCCAGACUCGGAGGCUGUUUAUAGUGAGAGCUACCAAAUGGAAAUCAAAGACUCACUGAGUGUAGGAAACAGUCGCGAUGGGGGCAGUAGCUCCAGUGAAGGCGAGGCGCGCAUUAUGGAUGAAGACAUUAUGGUAGAAUCAGAUGAUGACUCUUGGGGCCUGGUUACCUGUUACUGCCAAAAGCCGUUUGCAGGCAGGCCGAUGAUCGAGUGCAACCAGUGCAACACCUGGAUCCACCUGUCCUGCGCCAAAAUCCGCAAGUCUAAAGUCCCCGACGUCUUCUUCUGUGAGAGAUGCCGAGACGGGAAGAAGUCAAAUGCGAGCCGGAAGAAAGUUCCCUGAAGCAAAAUGUUCGCUCAGUGACUUGCCUGGACGUGGCAUAAAUUAAAAAAAACAACAAAAACCAGGGAGUGGAAACGCAUGGGAAACAAGGAAACUGCAACGUUGAUGAAAGAAACCUUGGGAAUCGAGGGUCGGGGUUGGGGAGGGUGAACGGGAAAUGAAACCAGUAAGUAAUGUGAGGGCCUCUUCACAUUGUAAGGUGCUGUCUGAAGGUGACUUUGUUUGUCUGUUGGCUAGAGUGGGUCUCAAACCAGCUCAGGCUGUCUCCGCUGCAUUCUGCCUCUGGGUGAGUGGGGUCUGGAUGACACGGGAAUAGAAGAUUCCCUUGCUGGGUUACAGUCUGGAGGAAUGGUCCUUACUCCCCAGCGGCUCCAAUCCACCCUCUGAAUUACUGCAGUGCGAAAAGUAAAGCUGUCCCAGUGUUUGAGAGGAGAGACCGUGUGGGUUCACUGGUGCCUAGUGCUGGAGUUUGGAGAUUGGUUUGAGAUGGCCUGCUGAGGUAAGAGAGUAUCUCCAUCUCAACACUGAGCCCUGCAGCAGCCAUGUGAGGACAGGACUGCUAAUGGAAUAAACCCGUUCCCGUAUUUAUGGACAUUUUGCUUUGCUGUUCGGUUUGUCUUUUGUUUUUUAAGUACCUGUUUUUUAAAGAGGAGCCUGGGGUUUCAGUUCAGGAUGGUGGCACACCCAGCAGGUUUGAGCAGUAGCGGGUCUCCGGGCUUCUUCACUGCGGAUUCAGGACUUUACAAUCCCGAGCUGUGGUACUGUUUGUUUCCUCGUUCCGUGGUUUCCCGGAGCAUAGUGGCAAGGAACAUCUGUGUCUGACUCCUUCCUGAGAUGCCGGAAUACCUCCAGGAAACAAGUACAAGACUGUCCAGUCAGAAGUUAGAUUAUUUUUUAGGAUGAGGGAUUUUAAAGCAGAUUAUAAUGGCCGUCCAUUUCAGAUAGUGCCCCCCCCCAACCGUUUCAUCUGCCUCUCUGGAUCCUCCCUCAUUCUCAUGGAAUGGGCAUUUUCCACGUGUUCUGAAAGGAGCAUUGAUAUAUGAAGGUGCUGGGCAAUGCCCAGUGCCGGUUUUAAAUGGCAGAAUGUGGAGAUUGCUGUUGGAAGUGUUAAACUUGCACGUUUGUGAUUUUAUAUUUAAAAAGUGGCAGGAGCCACGUAUUUGGAAGUUGAGGGGAGGUGUCCCACUGAAUCACAGCGCAGCUGAAUGUUUGGAAAGGGGAACGCUGGGCACUUAAUGAUGACAGGUUCAGGGGGGUGGGAAAUCUAGCCAUUUGUCUGCUUGUCCAUUCAGGCGGCUAAGUAUCGCAAAGUUUUAACAAUUCCCUUCUGGCCACCCGAUUGUAAAUCACAAGACUGGAGGCUAAGAUUCCCCCCAGUUGUUUAGGAUUGAGAUGGGUGGUAGGUUUCUGAAGCUGUGCCCUGCUCUGUUUGGGAGCCAGUGCUCAGAAUGGCUCUCCACUACUGUAAACCAUCCAAACAGGUAAAGACAAGGGUCAGCGCUGGCCAUACAGCCCUCCUGACACGCAUACACGUGUUUAAACCCAGCCUCAGAUGUGAUCAUUGCAGGCAGUGAAUGUCUGUUAAGGCCAGGUUGGCAAUAACGCAUCCCUUUUUUUAAAAAAAUGUUCAGCACACUGGAGCACUUCUGUUGCAUACUGUUCCAGCUCAGCUUAGCGCUCGGAGGAGCAUAAACAUCAGGAGGGUUCCAUUGUCCCUGCCCUGUGUGUUGUACAGCUGUCCAGGUAAUGGGGCAGAAAUUUAAAAACAACACAAAGCAGAUAAGUUCAAACAUUAUACUCAGGACUCGAUGUUUUGGAGGAUAAUCUGAAACAAUAACUGUCAAAAUUGUAGUAAUGCACAUCCUGUAAAUAUUUAAACUUUGUGCCUGUGCAGAUCAAGGGGAUAAUCCCAGCAAUGAUUCUCCCAGCAGUGUAGAUAAUCCGUGGCUUCUUUAUUGCUGCACAAUGACUGCUUUAACUGGGAGUGUGUAUCUGCCUGUCUGUCUGCACGGGGUGGGGGUUGUCUAUUAAGCCGUCUGCCUUUUUUAUUGCUGUCUUGAUGACUGAAUGUAGCACUGAGUUUAGGUCCGUUUCCCAGGACGUGAGGCAGACUGUGGUGCGCAGUUAACGGGCCUAACAGGGCAAGUUCUGUGGUAAAGGUUGUGUGUGAGAGCUGCUGGAGUUUUCUUGGUCAUUUGUGUUGCCCAAGUGGGAGCCUGGGUCAUGCUGCCACAGUACGUGGUCCUAGUUUCAGUCCCCAGCUGUGUGCCCUCACUGGUCUGGGUUGUUCGAAUUCACCUGAGGAUCUCUUGGGACCUGAAUCCUGUCGAGUCCCAGAGUGCAGAGCUAGUGCAAGAAGUUUGGACCGAAACAUAUUUUUGCAAAAGUGAAUGUAAAUAAGUGUCUCAAAUAUUUGAAAGUGGGGGCAGAAGGGGAGCAGAUUUGAAUAAACGAUUUAGUCUUUUUUUUUGAAGAAAAUAAAACUGAUUUGGUAA